UCUGGGAAUCCGGUGGUGUUUAAAAGGAUCGGGCAGACCCAACUUCCCUCAUCUCCCUCCACCCCAUCCGUUCCGCUCAUUUUCUUCCUCCCGCUUCGAAAAUGCGCACCAAGCUCCUCCUCGCCUCUGCGGCGUUCGCCGCCGGUCUCACCACGGCCGCCCCAGCAGGCUCACUCACGGUGUCGGAGUGGCUCAAGUCUGUCAACGACCGUUUGGAGGUUGCUGACCCCAUCAUUGGCGAGGUCCAAUGGGCUUACUCGACCAAUGUCACCGAUGAGACGGCCGCUGCUCAGGACGCCGCAUCGAUCGAAUACAGCAAGCUCCCCCUCGCCAUCCUCUCCGAGCUCGCUGAAGGCGGCUACGAGGCGAAGGCGACCACCUUUGACGAGAAGCGUUUGAUCUCUCUCCUCAAAGCCGGAAGCAUCACGCCCAAGAGCAACGCGACCCAAGCCGUUCUCGCCAAGACUCUCUCUGAUAUGAGCAGCGUGUACGCGUCCGGCAAGUUCGAAGGCAAGGACCUGGACGAGCUGAGCGGGAUCCUUGCCGAGAGCCGCGACUACGAAGAGCUGAAGAAGGUGUACCUCGGCUGGAGGGAAGUCGUUGGCCGCGCCGAGAAGCCGCUGUACGAAAAGUUCGUCAAGGCGACCAACGAAGGUGCGCGCGAUAACGGGUACGCCGACACGGGUGCCGCGUGGCGCGACGGCUACGACAUGACGCCCGAGGACUUCAUGGCGAUGAUGAGCAAAGCUCUCGGCCAGGUGCAGCCCCUGUACGAGCAGCUCCACUGCUACGCCAAGGCCAAGCUCUCCGACCUCUACGGCAAGGAGAAGAUCAUGACCGCGGACGGUACGAUCCCCGCCCACGUGUUCGGCAACAUGUGGUCGCAGGACUGGGGCAACAUCGAGUCGAUCCUCCGUCCCUACCCCGACGUGCAGGCCGUCGACGUCACGGAGGAGCUCGUCAAGCAAGGCUAUGAUGCCGUCAAGAUGCACCGCUUGUCCGAGGAGUUCUACACGUCGCUGGGCAUGGAGCCCAUGCCCGAGAGUUUCUGGACCAAGUCGAUGCUGGUUAAGCCUGCCGACGGCCGCACCGUCGAGUGCCACGCCUCCGCGUGGGACUUUUACAACGGCGACGUCCGCAUCAAGAUGUGCACCCGCAUCAACCACGAGGACCUCAUGACGGUGCACCACGAGCAGGGCCACAUCUACUACGACCUCCAGUACAAGGACCAGCCCGUGCCGUACCGCACCGGCGCGUCCGAUUUCUUCCACGAGGCCAUCGGCGACACGAUGCAGCUGUCGGUUCUUGUUCCCAAGCACCUGAAGGAGGUCGGGCUCAUCACCAAGGAGCUGACCGACGGCUUGGAGCAGACCAUUAACUUCCAGAUGGCGGUCGCGCUUGACAAGAUUGUGUCGAUGCCGUGGACUUACCUCCUCGACCAGUGGAGGUGGGAUGUGUACUCGGGCAAGACGACUCCGGACAUGUACCAGAAGGCUUACUGGGACCUCAUUGAGAAGCACCAGGGUCUGAGCCGCCCUGCACCUUCGACCGCGGAAGACUUUGACGCUGGCGCCAAGUAUCACGUCCCGGCCAACACCCCUUACAUCCGCUACUUUGGUGCCAACAUGCUCCAGUUCCAAUUCCACGCCGCGCUCUGCAAGGCCGCCGGACACACCGGCCCGUUGCACGAAUGCUCCAUCUACAAGAACAAGGCCGCCGGCGCGCAGUUCAAGAAGAUGCUCGCGAUGGGCCGCAGCAAGACGUGGCAGGAGGCCAUGUCGGUCGGCACCGGCGGCAUGUACGAUAGCGUUGACGGCACGGCGGUUGUGGACUACUUUGCGCCGUUGAUGACGUUCUUGAAGGAGUUCAACGCCAAGAGCGGCGUCAAGUGCGGAUGGACCCAGGCUGGAACCACCCCCACCGGACCCCCUACCACUACCACCUCUACCCCUGGCCCGACUCCGACCAAGUGCCACCGCAAGAAGGCUGCCAAGCAGCACUAGAUCUAGACAUCUCAUAGAUUCUUCACCGACGAUUUCGAAUAGUAGAUGGACACCCGAUGUGAGGAGAGGAGACGAUUCUGUGUCAUGGUAGAAACAGAUUUGUACUAGAAGCUAAUACCCAUACAAAUGCAAUGCCCUGUUUGCAAAUUG